UCGUAAAGAGACAGAAAACUAUGUAUAAAACAUCGUGUUUCCAUCUCUAGAAUCAUCUUGUUCCAGCUGAUCCAGUCUGACUAGUGGACCCCUCAUAAUAGCUGUACUCCAGACUUUAGAAGGCAUCUGCGCACAAACUCCUUUAUUUGAAGCCGUUUGCGGUUUGGAUUUUGUAUCCGGUCCGAGGUUUCUUGAAGAGCCUGGAGGACUAUAUGAAUUCUCUAACAGUUCUGGAAAAGUUAUCAAAUGCACUGCAGAUGGACAACCCCACCCCACUGUUCGCUGGGAGACGAGUGGUGGUUUGACUAUAUUGGAAAACAAGUUGGUUCACACUCGACCUGAUGGUUCUUUAGAGAUUUCUCCAUUCUCAGCGGAAGACUACCAGCCUGAUAUUCAUUCUGGAUCCUUUCGAUGUAUUGCAAGUAAUUCAGUGGGCUCUAUCACAAGCACGGAUAUUCAUGUUCGAGCUGUUAUGCUUAGGCCGUAUGAUGUCCAAGUAUUUGACCAACAUAUUAUGUAUGGAAAUGUGGCCAUUUUCACUUGUCACGUCCCUUCCUUUGUAUCAGACUAUGUAAGGGUGACUUCGUGGAUUCCGAACAACGGACAACAAGUGACAACAUUAUUUACACAUGAAGGAAAUUACGUAGUUUUACCGUCAGGUGGCUUGAUGAUUAGCAACACUACUGUAGAUGAUUCAGAAACAUCGCUCCGAUGUCAACUUUACGACCGUAUUGCAACAGAGUCUAAACAGAGUACAAAAGCCGGAAAGUUAAUUGUAACAGAGCCUCGCAGCCCUAUACCCCCGAUCUUCACGAGUUUCAGCCAUAGUGAAUACGUAGUUCAAGGCAAUCCUGCUACCUUAACGUGUGUGGCUCAUGGUAAACCUCCUCCACACUACUAUUGGUACAAAGUAAAUCAUGGGUUUCGAACUCUUAUCCAGUCAGAAUAUCGAAUAAUUCUGACAGCUGGUGUUCUGGUGAUCCAGCAUACCAGAGUAGAGGAUACCGGGACGUAUGUGUGUAUUGCAAAUAAUAGUGUAGGGGAAGUGGAGAGAAAGAUAGAGCUGUAUGUUACCGCUCCUUUAUCGGCAGAAAUUAGCCCUAAUUCAAAAACAGUGAAUAUAGGAGAAAAAGUAGAAUUCACAUGUAUCGUCAACGGCCAUCCAAUCCAAUCAGUGCGAUGGGUACGAAACUGUGGUCCUCUGAUGUUUAAUAGUCGAAUCCUACUACUAGGAAGCGAGACUAUAAGAAUCGAGUCCGUCCAAAGAAAAGACCGAGGAAUGUACCAGUGUAUAGUGUCCAACAAAAAACAGUCUGUUCAAGCAACAGUAGAGCUUGUACUUCAAGAACAGCCUCCAAAGUUUCUUUUUACGUUCGAGAAUGUGCUCGUAAAACCAGGAACGUCAGUUUCCAUGAAAUGUUCAGCGUCAGGUAAUCCCCUUCCCCAAGUUACAUGGACACGAGAUGGCAUUGCUGUACCGGAAGCUUUUCACACUCGAAUUGGGGAUUAUGUUAGUGCUGCUAACACAGUAAACAGUUAUGUUAACAUCAGUACUGUCAAUAUAGAAGAUGGCGGUAAAUUCGCUUGUUUGGCAAAAAAUGGCGCCGGGACGGUCUUUCAUUCCGGACGUAUGGAUGUAUAUGGUCCGCCUUUUGUCAGACCAAUGGUCAACCAAACCGUGUUAGCUGGGCGAUCUGCUGUGUUUUACUGUCCAGUAAGCGGAUAUCCUAUCAAAGAAAUAAUAUGGAGAAAAGGUGGUAAGCGUCUACCUUUCACUCAUCGACAAAAGACUCUUGCUAAUGGCACCUUGGUUCUGCAAAAGAUCCAGAAAUCUGUGGAUGAAGGAUUGUACAGUUGUGAGGCCCUUGGUGCAGAAGGGAAAAGAGACCAAAACAAUAUGAUGGUGUCCGUGGCUAUACCACCAGUGGUUGAACCAUUCUUUUUUAACCCUGAUCUUACUGCUGGACAACGUAUGACUGUUGUGUGCGUAGUUUCAGCUGGCGAUCUUCCUAUUAUGAUUCAUUGGCUUAAAGACAGUAGACGUCUACCAUUAAACCUCCAGGCCUCCAUAAACAUGGCUAAUGAAUAUACUUCGUUACUCUCCUUCUCAGCUAUUCGAAAAGAUCAUAGCGGAGAUUAUACAUGUGUGGCUUCCAACCCAGCAGCCUCGGACAACUUCACAGCUUCAAUGGAUGUUAAAGGAAAUAUAGAUUCUGAAUUUAUGGUGGUCAUUAGCAACGCGAAUGUCCAGAUUCUAGAAAAUGGUUCUAUAACAAUUCGAGAAGCAGACAUCAAUGACGCUGGGUUCUACAUGUGCCAAGUGACGAAUAAUGUAUCUCCAGACUUGAAUGCGAUAGUGGAACUGAAGAUUCAUGUUGCUGCUCAAACAGAAAGAAAAUUCGAAACUCACAGUGUUCAAAGAGGGGAGAGUAUUGAUCUACAAUGUAGAGGGAGAGGAGAAAAGCCGAUUACAGUAACUUGGACAAAAGAGAGAAGGCCUUUGAUUCCACGUGAGAAUCCUAGAUAUACUAUAGAAGAAACGUCCAUGUCUGGAGUUUUCUCUUCUGAUCUUAAGAUUACUUCAGCAGACAGGGGAGACGCUGGCUUGUUCAGCUGUUUGGUGACAAAUUCUUAUGGAAGUGACGAAACCAAAUUUCAACUUGUUGUGCAAGAACGACCUGAUUCACCUAGUAAGUUGCAAGAAAAAGACACACGCAGUCGUUCUGUUACCUUAACAUGGGCGCCUCCAUUUGACGGCAACAACCCAAUCAAUCGUUAUUUGCUGGAGUACAAACCUUCCUCAGAUUCUUUUAUACCGGAGGUAGGAGUUCCUCAAGAAACAGUAUUGAGUCCGUUGUUAUUCUGCCUCUACACUAACGAUAUAACGUGUGCAUCUUUAGAAUCAUGGGAAGCAUCGAGAAACGCCAUAUCCGUCGACAACAAUUUGAACCAAUAUACUGUCCAAGGUCUGUCUCCUUUAAAUACGUACAGCUUCAGGAUCCGCGCAGAAAAUAUUCUCGGAUCAGGCGAAUACAGCGAUGUAAUUAACGUCACAACUGAUAAUGAACCCCCAGAGGAGAUUCCACAAGAUAUCAGUGUCAAAUCCAUUAAUUCGAGGUCUUUAAGUAUCAAAUGGAAGGCACUAUUCCCAGAGAAAAGCCGCAGUAUCUCAGGUUAUUAUGUCGGGUACAGACGUAAAAACCGGGAUGAGACUUUUUCAUAUAAAACAGUUGCCACUUCUGGAAAACAAGCCUACUAUUGUGACAUCACCAACCUUGAUAGAUCUGCUGUGUAUGACAUUAUAGUUCAGGCUUUUAAUGACAAAGGUGCUGGCCCAUCUUCAGAUAUGAUAACAGUGGAGACUAUGACGCAUGAUCCCCCUGACUCUCCAAAACUUCGGGUUGUUACAUCAACUUCAUCAUCGAUUUAUCUUGCUUGGGAACAACAAAAGGAUGGACCUCCAAUUCAGUCAUACAUUCUCUACCGGAGUACGGAAGACGACUGGGAAAAGGUUCAGUUGCCUAGCAACAGGAAAACUUACACUUUCCAUGGGUUGCAGUGUGGUCAAAGAUACCAGUUCUAUAUUGUGGCUCACAAUAGUGCCGGAAAAGGUGAACCAAGUGAUGUUUUAUCAGCUAAAACGUAUGGUGCAGCAGCAAAAGCUCCAGAAAUUGACUCCCUGAUCUCAGUGAAUACCACUUUCGUAGUACUCCAUUUAGAUGCAUGGAGGAAUGGCGAUUGUCCAGUUCUUUACUUUGUAAUUCAAUAUAAACAACGGGAUAGUCGAGAAUGGAUCUUGUUGUCCAACCACAUUCCGUUGAAGCAAAAGUUUGCCAUCAUUACAGAUCUCCUCCCAGCAACCUGGUAUACUCUUCUAAUGACAGCUACCAACGAAGCUGGAAACACAGAGAGUGAAUAUGUUUUCGCUACUCUAACAAUGACUGGAGCUACAGUACCUCCCAAACUUUCCGCUGCUGUCACCACAAGAGAAUUUUACCGUUAUUUGAAGAUUAUAAUUCCGAUUGUGUGUACCACAGUAGUGUUGAUGUUACUCGUUACAGUCGCCUGUGUUUUUUUGAUUCGCCGAAGACAUGAAAACUCCAAUAGUCGCACUUACUCACCAGCGCCUAGAGAUUCAGAAGCAGGAAAAGAAGGCGAAUCGUUCCCCAUGGUGGUCUGGGAUAAGCGAGCUCCCCCUGACUCCAGACUUCGACACAGUCAGGAACAACUCUACUACCCUUCCCCCUACGCUACCAGUAGAAUAUCGAUGUACUCUGGAGACGGCGAAACGGAUGAUAGAACAACUCCUUCCUGGCCUCUCCCACAUUUAGACGACGGGAACCACACCUAUGAUGUACCCUUUCGAAAUAAGCAAAAUACAGCAUACAUUCCAGCGAGAGAUGAAAACGCUCAAACUUUUAGUGGCCCAACUAAAGAACGACAUCUUUACUUAAAUCCAGCCAAUGUUGUCAUGCCCGUUGAAAAAAACGACACCAGAAAGGACAGCAGUAACACACACCUUUGCAUGUUACUCCCAUCCACCGCUAGAGCACGCCUCUCAGACGCAAGUGAUGACAUUGUCAAAAAACUGAAGCAACAAAAAUCACUGAGUGAAUUUAGCUUUCCAGAGGAGAAACCUAACAAAAACCCAAAACGGUUUCACAAGCCAAGAUUAGGUCAAGUGGAUAUUUGUGGUGACCCAUUGGAAGUCUCAGAUACAGAAUGUGAUCGCCACUGGACCCCUACUGUUGUCGCACAAUAACUACUUAAUCAGACCAAUGGCUAGAUUUUGAGUUUACAUAUCCUCAUAUGUCAUUAUAAAGCAAACGAAUUCAGAGAAAUUUCGCAAUUUUAGGGAUUGCAAUUAAUUCAUUACCAGCCUUUCGACUUUAGAAGAAAAUUAUAACAUGAUCGAGUUAUCCCUUUUAUUUAUAGUCAUAUGCUCGAUUACGAAAACCAAAAUAAUUUUUGAUUUAAAAUCCAAUUCAUUCGAGCUUGUUAGCCCACUUACACAUGAAAAUCCAACUAAAAUAUUCUGUAUUGUAUCAUUGACAGGUACUUUCUCACUUACACAUGAAAAUCCAACUAAAAUAUUCUGUAUUGUAUCAUUGACAGGUACUUUCUCACUUACACAUGAAAAUCCAACUAAAAUAUUCUGUAUUGUAUCAUUGACAGGUACUUUCUUACUAUGAACAAAAUAUAAGAUGGCAAUGUUUAUUGUUUUCUUUUUAACCCAGUAAGCACUAAACAUUCAUUAAUCACCUGGGUUAGCCUUUUGUAAAGUACAAUGUUCUGAUAUUCUCUAAUUCUAUAGAGGAGAUACAAUUAUUGUUUUUUACUUAGUGUAAAAUACAUGGUUCAUGGUUUUAGUAAAGUGUGUGCAAUCUGUCAGUGUUUAUGAUUAACUUGUUUAAAAGUAAAAAUGUGAAUAAUCAGCGAUACUACGUUUAUUGAUACCAAUUUUCUCUUUUUUUAUCUGUCAAAAACAUUUUCAAAAUUGACUCACGGUUAUUGAAUACUCAAUAUCUGUCGUUUGAUGUGUUUAAAGCUAGAAUAAGGUUGUGUUGGUUUGAGUUAAAAUAUUGUUUACCUCAGUGUUACAGACAUUAUUUUCAACAGCUCUGCUUUGACGGUUUAUAUGAAGCUUUGCCGGUUGUAAAAUUUGUUCUGCUCCAUGUAUACUGGAUGUUAUCAGUAAAUUAAAAACAGCUAAAAAAUG